AUGUUGGUUUUGUUACUGUUAGUCGCUGUCACCGUUGAGGCUCGACAAAGAAUCGUGGGUGGUGUAGAUGCCGAGCCCCACACUCAUCCGUGGCAGGUGUCUCUCAGACGAGUAACCUCCGAGGGGCAGUCCCAUUUCUGUGGAGGUGUCAUCCUCAAUGAAAAUUAUGUUUUAACUGCAGCUCAUUGUUUGACUGCUUACCCUGCCAACGAGGUGAAAGUAACAGCUGGUGGCCAUUUUCUCCAAUCGCAGUCAGAAUUCGAAACAGAAUCUUUUGCUGAGAGUCUCAUCUUGCAUGAAAGCUAUGAUGGAAACGCACAAGGAUUCCCUAACGACAUCGCUCUUAUCAAGCUAGCGACACCUAUCAGCGAAAAUGGAGGAAUUCAAUAUGGUGGACUUCCUGUAGACGAUAGUAGUGACUACAGUGGUUCUUCCGGUUGCUAUAUCACUGGAUGGGGACGUACAAUUGCUGGAGGUGCCUUACCUAACGCUCUCCAAGAAACCCCAAUAAGUAUUCUGACGAACAGUGACUGUAAAAGCCGUCUGUCCAUCUUGCUCUAUUUCGCAUUGAGAGACACUCAUAUCUGUACAUAUGGUGGCGGAACAAGUAGCGCCUGCAAUGGAGACAGUGGAGGACCAGCUGUUUGUGACGAUGGUAAUGGCGGAAAAGUAGUUGUGGGAGUCACCUCUUGGGGUGAGGCCAAUUGUCCCCAGAACAAACCUUCCGUCUACACCCGACUCAGUAAAUACUUGACCUGGAUUAACAGCAAAAUGGUUUGAAUUAUGCUCGAUUGAGUGAACCUGAUCAAAUGAAAACCUAUCCAGACAGAAAAUUCAAUAAAUAUAAAUCAAGUU